AUGUACCGAAUCACCAACCAUCUGAUUGACAUCCCCGACGACCAGUUGGUACCGCUCAACACUCCAACCAGAGGCCACAGCAAGAGAUUUCUAAUCCCACGAUCACGCACAUCACUACUGAAGGAUACGUUCUUCCCAAACACCAUCCGUUUGUGGAACGGUCUACCUGAAAAUGUGGUCAUCUCACCAUCGAUCGACAUCUUCAAGACACGAGUUGUUCGUCCUGGGGAUCACCUUCUCAAUGAUCCAGACAUGAAGAUGAUGGUGCCACCGAUGACGGACACGACGACGACGAUGAUGAUGCCGCCAAAGACGUUGCCGAAGACCUUCCACGACCGCGUGUCAUUGAUGGGCAUAAUCUCGAAGACGGCUUCGGAAUCGAUCGGGGUGUCGGGUCUGAAGUAUGCCGUGAGUGCCCGGGAACACCAAGGAAGAAGGUGGAUCUGGAUCGGUUUGAUAGCAUUUUGUCUGAGUAUCGCCAGCAUUCAAAUAGUACAGCAAGUCUUGUACUAUACAUCGUAUCCAAAGAGUGUCGACAUCGUCAUCGAACACGUCGACCAACUCGCCUUCCCUUCGGUAGCCAUCUGUAAUUUCAACCAAUACAAGAGGGAUGCUGUAGACGGAACCAUGUUCCAGAGACUGCUGAUGCAAUACCAGGCAAGGCGUUCGGCAAUUCCGUGGGAAAGGUAUGAGCCCCACCUCAACAACACAAACAUGAGUGCAAUACUUGAGGAAACGGGGCACGAGGUUGGCGACUCAUUUAUAUGGUCGACCUUUGGUCAAACUAGACUGAAUAACCACAACUUUUCUCGAGUUAUAACGGACUUCGGACAGUGCUUCGUAUUCAACACCAAAGAACAGUACCAAGGAGAUUUGAUGAUCGACGGUGCAGGUUACACUUCUGGGUUGCACGUAACAAUGGAUGUGGAUCAGGAUAACUAUUACUACAGCGAGGGGUCCCGCUACAAUGCUGGGUUCUUUGUAUACCUCUUCUCGAAGGGAACUUUUCCGCAAGUGAGAGAUCUUGGAUUCAGCAUUUCCCCAGGCUUUGCCACACAGGUCGGCAUGGACGUGAGAAAGGUGACCAACCUUCCUCCACCUCGUGGAAACUGCUCUAAUGCCACUAUGAAGUAUUUUCAGAGGUAUGGUUACGCCGAAUGCCGGAUGGAGUGCGCCACCGACUACGUCGUUCAGAUGUGCGGGUGCAAAAUGGCGUUCAUGCCUGGUCCCUUUCGUGAAUGCAACCCUGUGGAACACCUCCGUUGUGCGAUUCGCCGCUAUGAGAAAACAUUUGAAGGAGAGAACUGUUCCUGCCCUAUUCCCUGUUCUACUAUGACCUAUCAUCCGACCAUCUCACAAGCAAUGCACCCCUCACCGUUCUACGCAGCUUACCUUCAAAACAUGUACCGAUUACGGGGCGUCGAAAUCGAUGAUGAUUAUUUCAGCAAGAACAUCUGUCAGUUGGAUAUUUACUUCAGGGAAUUAACCGUUAAGCGAGUUUUCGAACAACCGGCCUACACCUUCUUUGGAUUGAUGUGUGACAUCGGGGGCUCACUCGGUCUGUGGCUCGGAGGCAGUGUUCUUACGAUUGCCGAGGUCUUUGACCUUUUCGGCCAUGCCAUAUGUAUUUAUACAAGAAUCACUCGGAGAGGAAAACCGACGGACGGUCAUGGUCAUCGUGUAGUCGGUUCUACACUUCGGGCUCGCUUCGGAUGGACCAAUGACGACAUUGCUGUUCCGAAAGUGUCUCCUUAA